AUGGCGCCGCCGAUGAUGUUUCCGUCCAACAAAGACGAAGAGAAUCCCCCAACGCCACAAAAGAAUCACACCAUGUCCCCCGCACCCGAGAUCCACUCGCGCUUCGAGCCGAAGACCAGCACGUGGCAGUACGUCGUUGCGGAUCCUGAGUCACGCGAGGCCGUUAUCAUCGACUCCGUUCUUGACUUCGACCCGGGCUCAAGCCGCCUUAGCACCGAAACAGCCGACUCGCUUCUAGCCCUCGUCGAGGAGAAGAAGUAUAAGGUGACGCGCAUCCUGGACACGCAUGUUCACGCCGAUCACCUGACAGCCUCGCGGUACCUGCAGCAGCAGCUCGAGCAGCGCGGGCAACCCCGUCCCGCCGUCUGCAUCGGCAAGCGGAUCCAGAUCGUGCAAUCUAACCUGGCGCCGCGCUAUGGCGUCGAUUCUUCCGAGCUGGAGGGCGCAUUCGACUACCUCUUCGACGACGAUGAACACUUCUCCGUGGGCACCAUCGACGCCUACGUGAUGCAUCUUCCAGGCCAUACUCCUGACCACCUUGGCUACGUCAUUGGCAAGAACGUCUUCACCGGCGACUCCAUCUUCAACCCGGAUGUAGGCUCGGCGCGAUGCGAUUUCCCGGGAGGCUCGGCGGAUGCUCUCUACAACUCCAUGCAGAGUCUGCUGUCUUUGCCGCCGGACUAUCGCCUCUACACCGGACACGACUACCCGCCCGAGGGCCGCGCACCGUCCGAGGACGGCAACAAGUGGAAGGCGUAUACGACAGUCGAGGAGCAGAAGGCGACCAACAAGCAUGUCGGAAAUUGCGCACCAAAGGAGGACUUUGUGCAGUGGAGGGCUGAGCGGGAUUCGACUCUUGGUGAGCCCCGUCUGCUGCACCAGUCGCUGCAGGUGAAUAUGCGCGGUGGUCACUUGCCGCGGAAGAGUGCCAACGGGGACAUGCUGCUGCAUGUUCCACUGAAGGUCCCUCAAUCUCUGGCGUGUUUGUAA